AGUGCCUGCUUUGACAUGAACAACUAGGAAAUUUUUUCUUAAAGAAAAAAAUAAAACAGUCAAAACAACAACAAAAAAUUAUACUCCCACUCAUAUAACUCCACCUCCCCAGAGAGAGGAAAGCACGGACUGGCAGGCUUCAGGCUGUUAAGGGAGGAAGAUUCAUUUAGCUAAGUCAUUCUGUGAGGACGCUUCCAGAAAAGAAACGCCAUGCAGGAUGAAGACGGAUACAUCACCUUGAACAUUAAAAAAAAUCGAAACCCACCUCUGGCUUCAGCGGACCCUGCUUCUUCUGCUUCGUUAUGGCGUGUGAUGGCAUUGAUUUUGCUGUUCUUGUGCUUGGGGAUGGUUGUUGGGAUGGUAGCUCUGGGGAUAACGACUGUCACACAACAAAAGUACCUACAAACUGAAAAUGAAAAUCUCUCAAGAACCCUGUACCAACUAGCAAAGAAGGUCUGCCAAGAUUUAAUAAAUCAAUUAGAUUCAAAGGGCAUUUCGAGCCAUAAAUGCAGUCCCUGUGAGAAAAACUGGAGAUAUUAUGAAGACAGAUGCUAUGGGUUCUUCAAGCGCAACGUGACCUGGGAAGAGGGUAAGCAGUACUGUGCCGACUUGAAUGCCACUCUCCUGAAAAUCACCUCCCAGAAUGCUCUGCAAUACCUCAAAGGCAGAACCAGCCUUAUUCGUUGGGUUGGAUUGUCCCGCCCAAAUUCUCAUGAAGCCUGGACAUGGGAAGAUGGCUCAGCUGCCUCUCAAUAUAUAUUUGAGCUUUCUGGAAAUGCAAGAGAAAAUAUGAAUUGUGCUUAUUUUCACAAUGGAAAAAUUCACCCAACCUUAUGUAUGAACAAACAGUAUUUAAUGUGUGAAAGGAAGGCUGGCAUGGCAAAGCUGAAUGAACUACUUUAAUAUGAAAAGAAAACCUCGAUGUCAUAGACAAGGCUAGGCAGUGCAAUAAAA